UUCUCAUCAAUAUUUCCUUUUGAUUUAUCUCUUUAGCUUAUUGUUUGUUCCUUUUUAACAACCCUAAUCAAGCUUAAAAAUAUGGGUUUUACUCUUAAUUACAAAAAUAUAGUGCAUCUUAUGAUAAUGAUCCUUGAGUUAGUUGUUUGCUAUGGUCAAGACUUUAUUUGCUCUCGAGCCACUUAUUAUGGUAGUCCCGAUUGCUUAGGCAAUCCAACUGGAUCAUGUGGAUAUGGGGAAUAUGGAAGAACUGUGAAUGAUGGGUAUGUAGCUGGAGUCCACAGGCCUUACAGGAAUGGAACUGGAUGUGGAGCUUGCUAUCAGGUAAGGUGCAAAGCAGGAUCAAUAUGCACAGAUGAAGGAGUGGUGGUGGUGGCAACAGAUUUUGGGGUGGGUGAUUGGGUUGAUUUCCUAUUUACGGCCCGAGCUUAUUCUAAGAUGGCCCGACCCGGUUUUGAAGCAGAACUUCUCUCUUAUGGUGUGGUUAACAUUGAAUACAAAAGGGUAGCUUGUACAUUUCGUGGAUCAAAUAUGAUAUAUAGUGUUCAUCCUGGCACCAAAUAUCCUCACUACUUUGCCAUUAUCAUUAUCUAUCCUCCUGGUUUAUAUGAUGUUGUUGGUGCUCAAAUUUGGCAGGAAGAUUGUAAGGAAUGGAGGCCCAUGAGAAAGCCAUUCGGAGCAGUUUGGGACAUGGAAAAUCCUCCAAGAGGAGAUCUUCGAAUAAGGUUCUUAUUUAGUGCCACAGGCGACGUUAAUGAUGCUACUUGGGUUGAAUCACCUAAUCUAAUCCCUGCUUAUUGGGAAGCUGGAGUCAAUUAUGAGCUUGCCAUUACACUCUAAUUACUGUUAAUUAUUAUUAUUAUUAUUAUAUUAUUAUCCACUCUAAUAUUAUAUUAUCUUGGUCCAAAUCAUUGUCACAUUGUGGACGAUAAUACGUAUUUAUCUAAGAACAUUUAGUUCUUUGUGAUUAUCUCUACAUCAAUUAUCUCUUCUCUUGUUUAGUUUCAUGAUUAAAUAAGAUUUCAUAUUAUGUACUCCAUAUUUCAAUUAAUAACAAUUAUUAGUUGUAAUUUUU